UCUCUCUCUCUCUCUCUCUCUCUCUCUCUCUCUCUCCUUCCUUCUCCCUUCCUUAAUCUCUUCUGCUUCUGGAUAACAAAAAAUUCUGAUCUCUCUGCACCUCCAUCUCCACCUGCAUUUAAUACUCAACUCAACUACCUCUUUUCCAAAUCAUAACCCACUCAUCAUGCAUUCACUCAUUACCCUUUUCUUUCUAAUUUCUACCCAAAAUUAGUCUCUCUCUCUAUUUCUCUACAUCUUUGAGAUUCUUUUAUUCUCCUCAUCUGAUCAUGUUUCUGAGCUCUAACGGCCCCGUUAUGAAAACGCCGUCUUCCUUGCCGGACCUCUCCUUGAACAUCAGUCUUCCGGACUCCGCCUGCAGCGGCACCGAUUUCACCCAUGAAAAUAGUGCCCUUUUCCGCUUAGGCUUUGAAGCGGGGGAUCGUACGAGUACCCGUCUUCGUCGGAACCUCCAUAGCCGCCGGGAGUUCAAGAGAAGCAGCGGCGGCGGCGGCGGCGGAAUGGGCGGCUGUGGGGGUGUGAGAAGAAGCAUCCGAGCCCCGAGAAUGAGAUGGACUACUACUCUCCACGCUCAUUUUGUACACGCCGUUGAGCUCCUCGGCGGCCAUGAAAGGGCAACGCCAAAAUCAGUAUUGGAGCUCAUGAAUGUCAAGGAUCUUACCCUAGCUCACGUCAAAAGCCAUUUGCAGAUGUAUCGAACAGUGAAGAAUACUGUGAAGGGAACAGUUGCAGAUGAUGAUUGUGGAAGGCCAGAGCUGGACCCAGAUACCCUUUUAUCUUCUGCUUCAUCUGCUCAAAAUUCUAGCCCUCAAUCUCCUAAUUUGCACACAAUGCAAAGAAGUAGCUUGGUAACAUCGAUGCCCGAGAUCAGUAGCGAGAGGAAUAUGUCAAACGACACUUUUGCUAAAUCUAGAGGAUUUAAGGUGGAAGGAAAGGGAGAUUAUCGCGAAGCUCUCAGCAUGCAGAGAAUUAAUUUAGAGUUCACUUUGGGAAGACCAAGUUGGCAAUUAGAUUAUGCUGAUGCAAAUGAGCUUACCCUUCUCAAUUGCUAGCUUCUUAAAUUCCCCACAAGAAAGAAAAAACAAAAAAAGAAAAAUCCACAAAUUUAGUCUUUUUCAUUGUCGAAUUGAAAAGAAAAUCAACACAAAUGAAUAUUUCAAUGUUUGGCGA